AUGGUGGUUGAAAGUAAAAUUGAUACAUCAAAUAAUCAAACCGGCAGUCUAAUUAAAAAAGCUUUAGUGCAAGCAAUGAUCGAAAAGCGAUUAGUAGUUGGAUUAACAAACAUUGCACAAUUUUUGGCUCAAGAUCAUGUAAACAUUCCAAUAAUUUGUUUAAUAACGCCUUCCAAGACUGAUGAUUAUGCAACACAUAUCCAUGAAGUCCUCCUUAAAGCUUAUUGUCUGGAGAAUGACAUUUACAUCAUGAACUUGGACAGCUUAGAAAAGUUCAACCGAAUCUUAGAUUCUCCUAGACUUGAAUCAUGUGCUUUGAUAUGCGCAAAUCCAGCUGGUGAUAGUGACUGUGAAGGAAGUUUCCUUGAUGAAGAUUUCCAGAUGACAAAGAUUGAGAAGAAGCUUGUCGACUUUUGUGAAGAUCAUUGGGAUGAUAUGGAACAUUCAACAAUUCGCCUUCCUGAAAAAUGA